CAUCAAACAGUUUCUAGCCUUCCGAAGAAGCAAAUCAAAGAAAUAAAGCCACCAUGUUCAAAUACGCUGUUGUCAUCCUUGCCAUCGUCGCCUGCGUUGCUGCCAAGCCCGGACUCCUGGGUGCUCCUCUGGCCUACACUGCUCCCCUGGCCUACUCUGCUCCCCUGGCCUACUCUGCUCCCGCUGCAGUGGUCGCGGCUCCUGCUCCAGUCGUGACCGCCACCAGUAGCCAGGUGAUCGCCAGGAACUACAAUGGAAUCGCCGCUGCUCCAGUGAUUGCUCCCGUGGCUGCUCCAGUGGUCGCCAAGUACGCAGCUGCUCCUCUGGCUGCUCCUUUGGCCUAUUCCUCCCCUUUGGCUUACUCCUCCCCCUUGGCUUACUCCGCCCCCCUUAGCUACGCCGCUGCUCACGCACCUCUGUAUAUCUAA